CAAGCCCUCUUAGGCUGGCCCGUCACAGCCAGUUGUUCUUUUCUGUUUCCUCUCCCUCUUUUUUCUGGGAGUCCUUCUGUUUUUUCUCUCCCUCUGCCUGCCGUCGCUGUGUGAGUGGGUGUGUCGAUGCGGGCCAGUGUAGCCUAGUCGCUGCUUGUGCGCACUCUGAAAAAGAGGAAAAAGUUGAUAAUGAGUUUAGUGUGAAAGCGGCCCGCCUCGGAGCAGGCUAACCAUCCAGGAAUGGCAGUUUGGACCAGAGCGGACAAAAACGGUCAACUGGACCUUCUGCUCCGCGACCGCUGGAUCCGAGUGGCCGCCGAACUCACCCGAGAAACGCUGACUUUGACGGCCGAAGCGGAGUUAACCGGACCGGGGGGCAAUCACUGGGACUACAACAACUCUUCGGCGGGCCUGCGAAAUGGCAUGUCGAACGGAAACGACCCGGGAACGAGUCCGGGGAACCCUGGCCGCGCUCCGUCCUCGGGUCAAGACCAACUCCAGACCCAGAACCACGGGGGUCGGGGGCGUAGCGGCAGCCCUGGGCGCGUGGGUGCCAGCCGGGGUCAAUACGACGGCAACUACGGUAUAAACAGCCCCGGGAAGUACCCAAAUAACGGCACAAACUCAGACUUUGGAAGCCCAGGCUCCAGCUACGGCAGUCCCGGGUCCAGCAUCGGGUCGAGGCAAGGCGACUUGCCCGUCAGUCUGGACGGCUCCUCGGAGGCGGUGCGCAAAGUCCGAGUUGUCAAACAGGAGUCUGGCGGGCUGGGGAUCAGUAUCAAGGGGGGGCGCGAGAACCGGAUGCCCAUCCUCAUCUCCAAGAUUUUCCCGGGGCUCGCCGCCGACCAGAGCCGGGCUCUCCGGGUGGGCGACGCGAUCCUGUCGGUGAACGGGAACGACCUCCGGGAGGCAACACACGACCUGGCGGUCCAGGCGCUUAAGAAGGCAGGCAAAGAAGUGACGCUGGAGGUGAAGUACAUUCGAGAGGUCUCUCCACUUUUUAAGAAGCCAUCCCUGGUGGCCGACCUGCCGUGGGAUGGUAUCCACCCUCAGUCGCCCAGCUACAGCGGCAGCGAGGACUCUGGGUCGCCCAAACACAGCAGCUCCUCCUCCAAAGACAGAAAGGUCAUCAGCCUGAAGAUGUGCUUCAUCAGCAGGAACCUCACCAUGCCAGAUCUGGAGAACAGAUUGUUGGAGCUCCAUUCCCCGGACGGCCAGCACACGGUGGUGCUGCGCUGUAAAGACGGCCCCUCCGCCAACUCCUGGUUCACUGCCAUCCACACUAACGUUGCUGCCCUGCUGCCACAGACGCUGGCUCACAUCAACGCUUACCUGGGGGCCUCGUCCUCGGCUUCCACACACCCCCAUCUCAAACACAUCGGCUGGUUGGCCGAGCAGGUCCAGCUAGAAGGUGGACGGCAGCAGUACAAGCCAGUGGUCAUGGCACUGACGGAGAAGGACAUCCUGCUGUUUGAGUCAGUGCCGUGGAGCAGAGAGUCCUGGUCCAUACCUCUGCUCACACACCCACUGCUAGCCACAAGACUGGUUCAUUCUGGCAACGCCCGGGGUUCUCCCGCCCAGGGUGCAGACCUGGUGUUUGCCACUCGGACUGGCACGGGGCGGGGCAUCGAGUCCCACGUCUUCCGAGUGGAGACCCACUGGGAUCUGUCUUCAUGGACGCGAGCCCUCGUGCAGGGGGCACACGCUGCCGCUGAGCUCAUCAAAGAAGUGUCCAUUGGUUGCACCUUGAACAGACAGGAUGUUCGCCUGAUGCUGCACUAUGAGAAGGGCUUCACUGUGACGAGGGAGCCGGCAGAUCCAGCCGGGGGCGCCGUGCUGUUCAGAUACCCCUACGAGAAGCUCAAAAUGUCCGCUGACGACGGAAUACGCAACCUUUACCUUGACUUUGGGGGUCCGGAGGGAGAAAUGGUAUUCGACCUCCACUCGGGUCCAAAGCCGGUGGUGUUCGUCCUCCACUCCUUCCUGUCCGCCAAGCUCACUCGUAUGGGCCUGCUGACGUGAAACAACCAACCAGAGCAGCGUGGAUGAGAGGACGGGGCCCAGGCACAGCGAGGAGGGGGAAGACGAUCUACAAAUGCUGAUGCUGGCGGUUGAUCUAUUAUUUUUAGAGGGGUUUUGUUUUUUGUUUUAUUUUUUUUUUUAAUUUCUCCAUUCACAGCUGAAGUUAGGCCUGAGGUGGCGCUGCAGGAGAGAUUUAACCAAGGAGUUGUAUUGUUGAUUGUCUCAAAAACGUGCCUUCUCUUCCAAAUUCUCCUCAACCUUUUGCAAUCAUUUGUAUUGCAAAUGUAAAGGGAAGUGGCACUUUGCUUGAAGUCUUGAAGUGUUAGACUGUUACAAAACAAAAAAAUAGCUAUGAACAAUCUCAUGACAUUCCAUGUGAUAACGGAUGAGAUUUCAUUAUGAUUGUCUGGUAUGAUGUAAAAAAAACAAGCUAAGAUGCUGUGAUGCGCACGUGAGACUCCGUGACCAGACCAGUGCACUUCAAGCAACGUGUUGCUGAAAUAUAUUAAGGAAAGGAAGGAUUUUUUUAGACAAUUAAUACUCAGCCAAGCACAGAUUAGUAAACGCUCCCUGUUUUUACUCUAUGCCUAUCAUUCCAUGACAGCCUUCCAAUGGAUUCUUUUUUAAUGUAUUUGUUUGUCUCUGUGUUGACACGUGGGUGAAAGAUGCUGAUCUCGAGUCAGAAUGCAGUUCAUUGAUCAGAGAUUGUGGGAAUGUGUGUGUGUGUCUGCGCUUCUGUUGGCUUGAUAGUGUGCCUGCUGUCUGACAGACUCACCUUUUAGCACGUUAUCCCAAACUACUGUUGCAAUCAGGAUUGCCGACUGUGCCUUUUCACAUGUAGACGAAGACACUCUUUGUAAUUUUUCCUUUUUUUAUUUCACACAAUAAGAGAAUUUUAAGCUUUCGACAUGCGCAAGCAAUAGUAUUACCCUAUAGUGUAAACCGUGCUACUUUGUUGCUCUGUCGUUUGUUUUUGUAAGUGUUUAUCUCAUGAUAGCAUGACUUUCUGACGUUGAACUGUGUGUCAGAUGAUGAUAUGACAUGACCGUGUGUUACCUCCCCUUACUGACCUACACUACCACCUCGUCUGUCUCAGUGUCGCUAUCAUCACAUACCAAUUUGCUUGAGAUUACUUGUCUCUUGUUACCAUUCCUACAGUAGCGUUUCUCUGGCUGAGCAUUGUUUCACAGGCUUGUUUCAAGGUGGGCCAUCAAAUGUCAGAGGUACCGGUGAAUUUUAAUAAUCCGAACUGUACCGGUCAAAGACAUCGUACCUCAUAUGAGCCCCUGCAGUAUUUUGUUUUACCAUAUUAUAGAUUUUUUUCUUCAAUUUUAGUCCCAAAAAGCCGAUAAAAGUUUGAGAAAAUAAUCUUAACCCAAGGUCCACUUAUUAGCUUUCUUUUAGAGCUCUCAGCCCCAUCUCAAGGUCUUUGCUCAGUUGUUGUGGAGAUGACUCAGCUCAUCAUGUGACCUAAGUAUGGAACUCGCAUUAUAAUAAGUUAAGUAUAAUAAGAUGGUUUCUGCUGGUGCCCUUGGUCUUCCUCCAUCCACUGACUGCUGGUCGAUGACCUUUGACCCUUUCCCAGUCAAUGCUGUGACUGGUUUUGGUCUGUAUUUAAAAAAAAGAAAAUAAAAUUAAAAAUUUUGUAAUUACAAUAAAAAAAAGUUCUUUGCUGAAUGUGAGCAAUGAAAAUAUAUUUGUGUGACAUAAUUAACACAUGAGAUUUACAAUUUUUUUAAUGUUUUUAUAAUAGAAAAAAAGGAUGAAAUAACAGGAAUUUAGAUUAUUUGUCCUUUUCAAGGAAAAUUGUUUCCGCCUUCUGUACAGCCUCAAGAAUACGACAAUACAUCAAAGUGAAAUUGUCUGAAAUGGAAAUAAAAGAAAAACAAACUUGAGCAGGAAAGAAUUUCUGCUGCUGGUGGAUGAGGUAGACCGGAGAAAGAUGAUGAGGACAAUUCUGCUAAAUCUCACUUUACCCCCUGAGAAAAAAAACAUGUUCAAAUCAAAUGCAGAUAGUAGACUAAAAGUACCCUUUUCUGAAUAUUACAUGUUGCUGACAUUAUUUCUCAUUGACCAGUGAUGUAAAUGUGUGUCAAUGGGUGUUUUCUCAGCUCUUCUUCUGAACUGCAGCCAUCUAGGAUCCACUCUUAAGAAACCUCUGGUCUCUUAAGUUGGCUGUGAAGUUUGCAAGUAGGAAUAAAAUUGAAUGAUAUUUACUUUUAACUUUCACUGUCACUUUUAGAGCAGUUUGAUGAUGUUGUCAGUUGAUGUUUCCAGUGCCCAUUCAGUCCUUGCUGUUUUAAAGAUGUAAUCUGAGUGAGGUCAAAUGAUGAGAACUGAGCAAACUCCAUCCUCUGAGGCAGACAUUGAGAUGCAGUUGAAAGUUCUGGGUAAAGGUUAGUAAAUGGUGCUGAAAUCAAGCUUAAGAAUGAUUAUUCGUGCUCCUGAGAAACUUUACUGGAACUAAAAUCCCAUUACAGAUCUUACAUACCAUCAAAGCAGCCAUUUGUUAAUCGGUUUCACACUCAGCUUUAGGUGCAGAUGGCCUGAAUUAGGUCUGUUUUUGGGCUUAAAUUGAGGUGAGCUGAAGUAAACGAAACCAAUUACAGUCUUCUCUUCAGUUCAUCUGUUCAGUCCAGUGCCUGUGUUGAGACUCCGCUCAUUAAUGAGUUCAGAUGACUGUAAAUUACGCAUUUUCAUAACCUUCAUUUGUUCCAUGGUACAUGUUGCUAAAGUGAUCCUUCACUGGAGCCUCUGUGUUCUUUUGGGCCUCAAAUAAUGAAGCAUUGUGCCCACUGACUGUUCAACAUGGCAAAACAAGAUAACCCUUCUGUCCUCGGAUAAGGAACACAAUCACCGGCCUGUGUGACCUCUAUUUUAUUUUGGUCUCUGAUGUCCUUGUGAUGGUUUGAACAACCAUGUUUGGCUUUUUUAUUAAAGUGAAAAUGUGUAAUCAUAUAGUUUCUACAGCUAUAGAGCUCUUUUUCAAGGUGUAGUUGAUGAGUGGCUGUGUUAGAGGAGAAGCAGAUUUAAAACGUGUAUGUGGGAGGUUUGCGUUAUACAUUGCCAGACAUAAACUCUUUCUCCUGCAACAUUUGAAGCGAUAGUGAAGUGUUGCACUCAAUCUUUCUUCUUUUUCACCACAUUUGAUGGUAAUCAUGUUUCUUGAACCCGCUGCACAGAUGUGAUUGUCUAAAGUUGGCCAUCCUUCAACAAGCUACAGGCCGUCCCUCUUUGAGCUUGAUGCACUAACCAAUCAAAACCCCUUUAAAUCUGUGAAUGUACUCUUUCUUUUCCUCUUCCAGAUGAUUAUUUUUAAUCUCCUUUCUUGUUAUGCUCUGAAAUUGUGGCUGUCCUGUCUAUGCAAAGCAGUGCUUCAAAGAAGGGGUUUUCUGAACCAAAGGUAAUAUCUGUGGCAGCUUGCGUCCGACACAAUCAUCGAACUGAAAAGUCAGAAAGGGAUAAAGUGCUGCAAUAACCUGUUAUAUGCAAAGUAUUUUAGACUUCCCUCCAAGAUACAGUAUACAAUGUAUGAUAGCAAUGUAAUAAGCUCAAAUGUAAAUACCUACCAAUAAAACUGUU